AUGCUGGUCCUGAUGAAGGUGGCAAGGGUGAUCGAUGGGUCAUAUGCAGCAGAUGUCACCGAAGAAAAGAAGCUUGAAAUUGAUGAAAUUGCAAUGAGUACUAUCAUUCUUCAUCUUUCUGACAAUGUGUUGAGGCAGGACUUAGAUGCUAACCUUGAUUCUUUUAAUCGCUUAAUACUAAGUCUUGCAAACUGUAAUGUUGUUUUUGAUGAUGAACAUCAUGCUGUGAUAUUAUUAAACUCCUUGCCUGAGACUUAUAGAGAAGUGAAGAAUGCCAUUAAGUAUGGCAGAGACUCUUUGUCCUUAGAAACAGUAGUGAGUACCCUCAGGUCCCGAGACUUGGAAUUGAAAUCUGAGUCUAAAGGUGAAGGACUUGCAGUAAGAGCGUCUCACAGAUCCGAUGUUUAUAGCUACGGAAUGUUGGUAUUGGAAAUGGUUAGAGGAAGAAAGAAUGUUGAUGUUGGAGUGUCUCGUACUAGUGAAAUAUACUUUCCAUAUUGGAUUUACGAGGCCAUAGAAUUGGAUAAAGAUUUAAGAAUUUUGGGUGUAACAACAGAGGAGGAAAAAGAGAUGGCAAAGAAGAUGGUAUUACUGAGCUUUUGGUGCAUUCAGACAAUUCCAUCCGGUCGACCACAAAUGAGUAAAGUUGUUGUUAUACUGGAAGGAAGUCUUAAGUCUGUCCAGAUUCCACCAAAGCCGUUCUUGUCUUCUCCUGCAAGAUUUGAUGAUGCAAAUCCUGAUGACUAG